AUGCGGGGGGAUACGCGCCGCCUCGGCUGCACAGAUGGCGAACACGAGCGCGCUCGGGGAGAGCAGCCCGUCCUCACACCUCCCGCGUCCGCGGCCUCUGCGGUCAAGCUCGCCUCCCUGGGUCUGAUCACGGGCGUCAGCCUGCUGGGCAACGCGUCGCUGUCCCUGCUGCUCGUAAAGGACAGCUCACUGCGCAAGGCUCCCUUCUACUUCCUUCUGGACCUGUGCCUGGCGGACGUGGUGCGCUCCGCGGUCUGCUUCCCCUUCGUGAUGGCGGCGAUCGGAGGCGGCGGCGGCUCCGCGUGGCCGUACAGCGCGCUCUGCUGCUGCAAGAUCGUCGCCUUCAUGUCGGUGCUCUUCUGCUUCCCCGUCGCCUUCCUGCUCUUCUGCUGCACGUGCGCGGCGGUGAUCUGCAUGGUGUGGACUCUCUCCGUGGCCAUGGCUUUCCCGCCGGUGUUCGACGUCGGCACCUACAAGUUCAUCCGCGAGGAGGGGCAGUGCACCUUCGAGCACCGCUACGUGAAGGCCAACGACACGCUGGGCUUCAUGCUGAUGCUGGCCGUCAUCGGGGGCACGACCCACGUGGUGUACGUCAAGAUGCUGUGCUUCGUCUACGACCACCGCAAGAUGAAGCCGGCGCAUCCGGUCCUGGCCAUCAGCCAGAAUUGGACCUUCCACGGGCCCGGUGCGACCGGACAGGCCGCCGCCAACUGGAUCGCCGGCUUCGGCCACGAGCCCACCCCGCCGACGCUCGUGGGCAUCAGGCAGUCGUCGCACCCCGGCAACAGGAGGCUGCUGGUGCUGGACGAGUUCAAGAUGGAGAAGCGCAUCGGGAAGAUGUACUACAUGAUCACGCUGGCCUUCCUGCUCUACCUGAGCGCGGCGGUUUGGAUGAGCUUCGCCCAGGCGGGGGCGAACCCCAUCAUCAGCUUCCUGUUCAACAAGGAGCUCCGGGUGCGUCUCAGAGCCUGUUUCCCCAGCUGCCUGGUGACACAGACCCCCAUGGAGCACAUACUGUGUCAUCUGACCCCCAAAAAUAUACUGCCAAAGACACAUCACAUCUUGUUUCAGACUGGUCCCCACAAUGUGUUUCCAUAA